AUUUUUUCUGAAAUUUCCAGUUGAAUUCCUACUCAAGCGAUGUGAGAGACAAUAGAGGCUCUCAAUGAAAGCACCAAUGUUGGUCCAAAAUAGGACGCUCGUAAGCUUUUGGAAAAGCUACGUACGACACUCAAGCAGGAAUUAGGAAAGCAAGAACGGGAAAGUGCUAAGGGAAUUUGGUAGUCAAGAAUAGCUUAUCUAUUAUUUGACUCGAACUUGCCUUUUAUAGGCGAUUACAAAUGGUAACUGCCGAAAAUACUAAUGGCUAACUAAUUACAACAUUAAUAAGGAAUUAAAUACAUAAUUAAGUCACACAUCAAUUACUUUGGCCGUUAUAGUUCCUGGUUGGCAGGUCAGCCUGGCUGGCAGGCUGGACGCUUGAGCUCCCUCCUGCUGGACUGGACGGUGGGCUUCCCGCUAGGCUGGAGGAAGACUUCUGACCGGGUCGGAGGCAGGCUCCCGUGUAGGCUGGAAGGCAGGCUCCCUGUUGGGCUGGAGGCAGGCUGCUGGCCGGGCUGGAAAACAGGCUCCCCAAAGGCCGGGCUGGAGGGCAGGCUCCCAGUUGGGCUGGUCGGUUGGCUCCCCACCGGGCUGGGAGGCAAGCUCUCUUGGGCUUCCGGUUGGGCCGGUAGGCAGGCUCUCCGUUGGGCUGGAAGGCAAGCUCCCCGUUGGGCGGGCUGGAGGGCAGGCUCCCCGCUAGGCUGGUCGACAGGCUCUUUUGGGCUUUCGCUCCUUGACUGACCUGAUCGAUUGGGCCGACUCAAGCUCUGGGUUGCUGGGCUUGGGCCUGCUGGUCUAAGUUCGGGGCCUGGGCCGAUUAGGCUUUGGGCCUAGUCCCAUAACCCCAUCACGAGCCCCCACUCCCUUAGUCGAGUAGUAGACUCGGCUAAGAGGGAGUUGUUCAAGUCAGCUGCUAAUUAAAAAAUAUUCAUAUAUCAGGGAGCCAUAAUUGUGGAUUUUGUCAAUCCCAUAAUUUAUGGAGAUUUCCAAAUUUUGAAUAAGGCGCCCAACUUUAAAAAGGCUCCGAAUUAAUUCCCUCAGCGCUCUAGCAUUCCAGCAGCAAGCUUUCUCCCAGACUUCAGGAUCCAGGUCAGCUUCAAAAAAUCCCUGAAAUUCAUUAUUAUUAUUUCAAAAAUUAUUUUCGGACUUUAUAUUAUUAUCCCUUCCUUUUCUUUUCUUUCCUUUUCUUUUCUUUCCUUCUUUUUUUUUCUUUCCUUUUCUUUUCUUUUCCUUUCUUUCCUUUUUUCUCUUUCCUUUUCUCUUUCCUGGUUUCCUGCGUGCGUCCUCCAUGCGUCGCCCCAACGCCGCAGCUUCCCGCCGAACUGACUGAACGCCACUUCCCUUCCGACGGCUCUACUGGGUCGCCCCCGCCGUGCUAGGCGGCUUUCCCGUGCUCUCCACCGCUGGCCAGCACCGCCCUGGCAGUCCGACAAAUCUGGCCGGCUAGUCUGGACUCCUGCCACGUCCGGCUGGUGCACCUCGCAUGGGUCGGAGGCCACCCCAGCUGGUCACCGUCUCCCAAAGGUUGGCGUCUCGGCGGCUGGGCGCCCCACUUGUCCGGUGUUCAGGUUGUCCGGAGAGCCGCCACCUCGUUCUUCCGCCGCCGGUCGUUGCCGACCGCCGCCGCCUAUGAAUCUGCUAGCCAAGCGUCCGGGUAAAGCUUAGGGUCCGGGUUGAGUGGCAUCGUCUCUCUAUUGGCCGGGAAAGCUGCUGGGGCAUACGGGUAGCCGCCAUGCGUUCUUCCUCCUUGGGUUGGCGGAAAUCUAUGCAUACGUAGGAUAGGCAGCGAUGAUGACCGGAUCCACCUUACUGUCGGCUGCCGGCGGUGCUGGUCCCCCCUAGUUGGGCGAUGGGCCAGGAUAGAUUUUCUUUCCCCCAGGGUUCCGCGUUGCUCGGCGUUUGAUGCUUGGUUGUUUUCCUUCUAUGUUUUGUCUUUGCAGGUUUGACUUUCUCCCGGAGAUGGCUCCAGCUAGGCGGACCACUACUGUUGAGGGUCGGCAACUGAGCGUUCCACAUAGAGCGCGGGCACAACAUGUGGUCAUGUCAGAUUCCGACGAUGACUUUGGUGCUCGGCAGGACCUGAACCUUUGGUGGGACCUUGAUAAUAGCGGAAUAACGAACCUCCCCCCUCGUAUCCAAGACGAGGACCUUGCCGUUGCAUACAGUUUGAUUGGCCAUGAUUGUUUGUUGGAAUCUCCGGGGGCUACUGACAUAUUGAGCAAUCCACCAACUCCCUACUUCGGGGUCCAUAUCCACUCUCUGGAGUUAGGGAUGGUCGUGCCACUGCACCCCUUCCUGGUUCGGUUCCUACACUUUCUGGGUGUGGCCCCGGGUCAAUUGGCUCCGGCGGCUCACAUGUUCGUUGCAGCUUUUGUGACGCGGUGUGAGGAUGUGGGUCUCACACCCACGAUUGAUCUGUUUUUCAGCUGCUUCCGGUGGCGUGCUUCUAGCUUUUUCGCCUUACUCUCCCAGAGGCCGGUGAGCAAACUGUUUUGGUCGGGUUACCCCCGUUUGGGGAAGGGGUGGAAGAAGAGAUGGAUAUGGGUAUCCGACCCCAACCUCCCGUCACCUCUGCCUCAGUGGGGUGAACGGGUUCGGAAAUGUGACCGGGUCGCUCUCUCCUCUGGUCUCAAGUCCUCCAUCGAGAUAUUGUCCGCAGGCGGUCCCCACUCCAUCAGCUCAUAUUUAGUUGUGCCUGAGAAGCUCGUUGUUGAGGCGGAAUCCGAUGAAGAGGAGGAGCCUCAAUAAGUCAUCGUUCCUGUGGCAGCAAUGGCUGCAAAGGGGAAAGGGCACGGAGCCCCCCUCUAAGAAGGGUGAGAGUUACCUUCGGGCCUCGGCCAACUACGCCAGUGCAGGAGCAGCACAAGGGCGGACUCGUCGACCUGCUAGUCAAAUUGGAUGUGUCCGAUGAGGAGGAGCCCUGCCCAGCCGUCGCUGAUGUGGCCCCCAAGACGGUUGUGGGGAAAGAGCGCGGAGCCUCCUCCCCGGGCCGAGGGGAACGAAUCUCGAAGAAGGCCAAAGUCGCCCCCAAGUUUCAUUCCACUGAGCAGGUACAUGAGGGUGCAGAUGAGAGGAUGGUCGAACGGAUCAGCCAUGACACCCAGCAUACAGUUACUUACGCCUUCCCAUCUUCGAGUGCCUCGAUUAUGCAUGAAGGCUUCAGCGUGACGCUGACGAAGCUAGGGCUGCCCUGUGGGCCAGCCAGAAAGCCUUCCCCGAGCUGCAGUCCUCACGUGCACAAGAAUGUGAAGAAGCGGCCAAACAAGGAGUCAAAAAAGCGCUCCCCGAGUUCCAGGCCUCCGAGCAGUUCUAGAAGAUCAUCUCUGCGAGGGUGCAAGCGGAACAGUCUGAACUAGUGCAGAGUAUUGGCGACGACCCCCGACGGAGAGUAUUGGCGCGUUUGCGAAGUCCUCUAUGCUUUUCAGAGUGGCAAGUAUUUGAUGCAGCAGAAGGUGUAUGGCCGGUUGAAGAAUCUCGACCCUGACUUUCAUCCAUCUAUAUUGGGCCUUCCUGGUCGCAUGAAGAAACCCGUGGAGGCGAUAGCCCUUUUUCCCCCCAGAGGCCGUCCGUCAGGAGGAGGAGCUUGGUAGUUCGAACGAAUGGGCCUGGUUCUUUCCGCCAGCUCCGGGGAACAUGACUCCUGUGGCCCCCGGCCAGGACUUGGUUGGUGUGUUAGAUGAUGUUCCCAAGGUUGAUGGUGAUGGGUAUGUCCAGCCAUGACCUUGUAUUUUGUAUUUCCUUUGUUUCCCA